AUGUUGACUAACUUUUCUCCUUCAUUAUGUUAUUGCAGCACAGUGGGGAAUCCUUUAAUCUGUCCUACUGUUGCUGAACCAGAAUGCCAUGGGAUGACAUUGAUGCCAAUGUCCAUGAACUUGAACGGCAGACAAGCUGCUCAGCCUUCUGGCAGAUCCCAAAGUCAUAAAAUAGCCAUUGCCUUUGGUUCAAGCAUUGGAUGCUUGUCUUUGAUGUUUCUUAUACUUGGAAUACUACUAUGGUGGAGACGAAGGCGGAAUGAACAGAUUUUCUUUGAUGUUAAAGAUUGGCAUUACGAAGAAGUUUCCCUAGGAAACUUGAGGAGGUUCCCAUUCAGGGAACUUCAAAUUGCAACACAUAACUUCAGCAGCAAGAAUAUACUAGGAAAAGGUGGGUUCGGGAAUGUGUACAAGGGAGUUCUGCAAGAUGGAACAAUAAUAGCUGUUAAGAGGCUGAAAGACGGUAAUGCUGUAGGUGGAAAGAUUCAAUUCCAGACUGAAGUUGAGAUGAUCAACUUUGCAGUGCACCGGAACCUCCUUCGGCUUUACGGAUUUUGCUUAACUUCCACAGAGAAACUUCUUGUUUAUCCAUGCAUGUCGAACGAUAGUGCUGCAUCUAUCCUCAAUGGAAAACCGACAUUGGAUUGGGGCACCAGGAAGCAAAUUGCUCUUGGGGCUGCCAGGGGAUUGCUAUACCUUCACGAGCAAUGCGAUCCAAAGAUAAUUCAUCGGGAUGUCAAAGCUGCGAAUAUAUUGCUCGAUGAUUAUUGUGAGGCAGUGGUCGGAGAUUUCGGGUUAGCAAAGCUUUUGGAUCACCAGGAUUCACAUGUUACAACUGCUGUGAGAGGCACUGUGGGACAUAUUGCUCCAGAAUACCUCUCCACUGGCCAGUCUUCGGACAAAACAGAUGUGUUCGGAUUCGGAAUUCUCCUACUUGAGUUAAUCACGGAUCAAAGAGCAUUGGAAUUUGGCAAGAAUGCUAACCAGAAAGGAGCAAUGCUUGAUUGGGUAAGGAAAAUUUAUCAGGAAAAGAAGCUUGAAGUGCUUGUUGACAAGGAUCUCAAGAACAACUACGACCGGAUCGAGCUCGAGGAGAUGAUUCAAGUAGCAUUAUUAUGCACACAAUACCUUCCAGUUCAUAGGCCAAAAAUGUCCGAAGUGGUUCGAAUGCUUGAAGGUGAUGGUCUAGCCGAAAGGUGGGAAGCUUCACAAAGAAGUGGAUCAACCAAAUGCAAGCCUCCUAACGAAUUCUCAUCAUCGGACAGAUAUUCCGAUCUCAUGGAUGACUCUUUACUUGUUCAAGCCAUGGAACUCUCUGGACCAAGGUGAACCAGAAACCAUGUCCUCAUAAAACUCAACUAUAAAUCAGUUUUCUAAGAUUUGAAUGAAAGAAAAUUAUAGCUAAAAUUCCUAUAGUUUGCAUAAUAGUGGGAUAGCAUAGGUUUAAAGGGCUUUGAUUCUUUUGUUGACUGGAAUUGUAUAGAUUUAUGUCUAA